ACUCGGUGUGUGUCCUAUACUAUGCCACGGAGUCCAACAUCCAGUGAGGAUGAAAUGGCUCAGAGCUUUUCUGAUUAUUCUGACGAGUCCAUGUCCGGGAGCUCUAAAGAGGACACCAUCUAUGAGAGUAUAAGAGUGCCGGCUGAGAGGCCGCUGAGCUUCAUGGAGGACGUUCAGAGCAACGCAGUUGUCAUCAGGGUCAUUAUUCCAGAUCUGCAGCAGACGAAAUGUAUGAGGUUUGAUGUGGAAUCGACGGUCUGGGCGGUGAAGCAGCGGAUCCUUUGUACUUUGAGUCAGAGCUUAAAGGACGUGCUGAACUAUGGCUUAUUCCAGCCAGCAAAUAAUGGCCAAGAUGGAAAGUUCCUGGAUGAAGAACGUCUGCUCAGUGAAUAUCCACAAGCAACUAGCAAAAACAUCCCAACCCUGGAGUUUCGGUAUAAAAGCAGAGUAUACAAACAACCCAAUGUAGACGAGAAGCAAAUUGCCAAAUUACAUACCAAGGCCAAUCUGAGGAAGUUUAUGGAUUACAUCCAAAAUCACCAGUCAGAGAAAAUCUCUAAAAUGUUGGAUAAAGGACUUGAUCCAAACUACCACGAUUCAGAAACAGGAGAGACGCCACUGACGUCUGCUGCUCGCCUGGAGAACAUGGUUGACAUCAUUAAGGUGCUAAAGAACGGAGGAGCUCAUCUGGACUUCAGAGCUAAAGACGGCAUGACAGCCCUACACCGAGCAGCUCGCGCUAACAACAAGCACACACUAAUGACUCUGCUGGAUUUGGGGGCGUCACCAGAUUAUAAGGACAGUCGUGGUUUGUCGGCACUCUAUCACACAGCCAUGGUGGGCGGAGACUCAGGCUGCUGCGAGCUCCUUCUCCACGAGCACGCCAGCAUCAGCUGCCAGGAUGAGAACGGCUGGCAUGAAGUUCAUCAGGCUUGUCGACAUGGUCAUGUCCAGCAUCUUGAGCAUCUCCUGUUUUACGGAGCUGAUAUGAGUGCCCAGAAUGCAUCAGGAAACACAGCGAUGCACAUCUGUGCUCUCUACAACCAGGAUAAAUGUGCUCGUGUGCUGCUUGUUCGGGGAGCUGAUAAGGAGGUGAAGAACUACAACAGCCAAACUCCAUUUCAGGUGGCCAUCAUCGCAGGAAAUUUUGAGCUUGCUGAGCUGAUCAAGAACCACAGAGAGAGUGACGUAGUGCCUUUCGUUGAGGCUCCCUCAUACUCCAGGAGACGUCGUGCUCCUCAUCAUUUGGUGCCUCCACGUGUGCUGCUGCGCUCCAAUAGUGAAAACCACCUCCAACUACAUCCCCAACAAACAACCACACAGCUACACAUACACACCAGCCCUAACGGCACAGUGAGUACCAGAGCCCCACCACGCAGCCGCUCGCCCUCACUCAGCCGCCUGGGAGAGGAGCAGCAUAGACUACAGCACAGAGCGAAUACAAGUCUUGAUGGUUCGGGGUCAAGAAGGAAGCUGUAUAGUGCCGUCCCCGGUCGCCAUUUUGUCGCAGUGCGACCCUAUCAGCCUCAGGCAGAGGGAGAAAUCACACUGUAUAAAAAUGACAGGGUCAAAGUUCUCAGUAUUGGUGAAGGUGGCUACUGGGAAGGCAGCGCUCGCGGCCGUGUCGGCUGGUUUCCAGCUAAUUGUUUGGAAGAAAUUCCUGCCAAAACAAACGAGGACAGACCACAGAGCCGAAUAGAUCGGACAGAUAAAAAGAAGCUAUUCAGGCAUUACACCGUGGGAUCAUAUGACAGCUUUGAUGCCUCCAGCGACUGCGCCAUCGAUGAAAAGACCGUGGUGCUGCACAAGAAGGAGAACGAGGGAUUCGGCUUCGUGCUGAGAGGAGCGAAAGCGGACACACCCAUCGAGGAGUUUACACCUACUCCUGCUUUUCCUGCCCUUCAGUAUCUGGAGUCAGUGGAUGAGGGUGGAGUUGCAUGGGAGGCGGGGCUUCGGACCGGUGACUUCCUCAUUGAGGUGAACCAGGAGAACGUGGUGAAGGUGGGUCACAGGCAGGUGGUCAACAUGAUACGACAGGGUGGAAACAGACUCGUCAUUAAAGUGGUGACGGUCACCAGGAACCUGGACAAUGAUGACAAUGCAAGGAAGAAAGCCCCGCCUCCUCCGAAGCGAGCACCAACCACAGCACUGUCCAUGCGCUCCAAAUCUAUGACAUCAGAACUGGAGGACAUGGUGGAUAAAGCCACCUUGAGGAAAAAGAAAGGUGAUACACAGUCGUCUAAUGUUGAGGGUCUGAAGAAGAGGAUUGUUUUUCAAGUCACACUAAAUAAAGUGGACGAAGUGCCUCCGUCCCAGAAAAACGCAAGGGACAACGGCUCAGCGGACAUGAGAGUGGCCACCAUUAAGCCUCGCCCCUCCAGCCGCUGCUUGGUCACGCCUACUGAUUUCAAUGCCAUGUAUGAACGGCAAGGUGUAGCUGUCGUUCCUCCCACCGUUCCUAGCGGCCCACAAGGAGCAUACUUGGGUAUACCAAAGGGAACAAUGAAGAGACAGAAGUCCAUUGGUAUUACGGAAGAGGAAAAGCAGUUCCUGACUCCUCCAUUGCUAAAGUUCACACGGAGCCUUUCAAUGCCUGAUACAUCAGAAGACAUUCCACCUCCACCUGGCAUCUCCCCUCCAUCACCCCCUUUUAGCCCCAGUGCCCCCAAUAGCCGAGGCUAUAGUAACAACCAGCCUGGCUUUAUGCAACCCCAAGCAGGCAGAGGGUAUGGAAAUACAAACACCAUCAACAGAGGUCGAGGUGGUUUCCUGCGACAGAACUUAGACCAGUACGACCCUUCAAACUCCAUAUCAAACCAGCACAAUUCCCGAAAUCGAAACAGGGCCUCAGUCCCUGAGAACCCAUAUUCGGAAGUAGGAAAUAAGGCACCUUAUGUCCCAGCCAAGCCAGCACGCAGGAAAGGGAUGUUAGUAAAGCAGCCAAAUGUGGAAGAUAGUCCCGAGAAGACCUGCUCCAUUCCGAUCCCCACUAUCAUUGUCAAAGAACCAUCCACUAGCAGCAGUGGAAAAAGUAGCCAGGGAAGCAGCAUGGAGAUUGAGACAAGCACUCUAGAUCAUCCAGGCCAGCUGAGACCUGAGGAUACACUCAGUGUAAAUAAUCCUUUUGCAGCUGCUAUUGCUGGGGCGGUAAGAGAUCGAGAAAAGAGGCUGGAAGCACGUAGGAACUCCCCCGCAUUUAUUUCCACAGAUUUGGGGGAUGAGGAUUUACCAAUGCCCACUCCAACCCCUCGUUUGCGCCAGUCAAAGUCCAUUGAUGAAGGAAUGUUUGCAAAUGAUGAAGGGCUUCGGACACUCAUGGCACCACCUGCUUCACUUCUUACUGCUUCACAAGGAGCUGGAGGUGAGAGUGAAGAAGGUGGAGGAAGUGAGAGUGGUAGUGGGGGCAAUGUGACAGACUUUAACACCCCUGAACCUGUGAUUGUACGUGAACCUCUGAACACACGAACAAGGAACUGCCCUGAUCUGGAUAGUCCAGUCAGCCUUCCAGCAACAAUAAAGACCUAUAGCACCAAUGGUGAAGGAUACCUACACCCGGUUACAGGUAAAGCUCUUGAUCCCAACUCCCCAUUAGCUUUGGCUCUGGCAGCCCGAGACAGAGCUAUUAAAGAGCAAGCACAACCUCCUCCACCUCCCCCAAAGGUGGAGCCUCACAAACCAGAUAUCAAUCAACCCCUGUUUAUUGAUACCAAGCUUCGCUCAGGCAUUGAGGCCAAAUUUGCUGCCUCUGUUUGUACAGGCCGGUCUGGUCUUCGGAGGCAGUUGACAGAGGCUAAAUAUGAAGCAGAAGGUACAAAAAAUAGCAAGCAAGUAGAGGAAAAGAAGAACAUGGUGAUUGACAUUGUAGAUACAUCACAGCAGAAGCCAGCAGGAUUGUUGAUGGUGCACACAGUGGAUGGAGUGAAGGUGGAAGAAAAUAAUGUAAAUGAUGAAGGGAAAGAGGAAAUGGCACCUCAACAGGACACAGAACUAAGAGACUCAGAUUCCAAGCCGCCUUCAGCUCCCAACCCCCAGACACCUGCCCCAGCCAGAACAAAAAGUAUCACAGCAGGUGGAUCAGUGGAUGAGCCUAUCAAACUGCCUUUCCGAAUUCCCCCUCCACCACUGGCCUCAGUCGAUAUUGAUGAGGAAUUUGUGUUUGCUGAACCUUUACCACCUCCUUUGGAGUUUGCCAACAGUAUUGACAUUCCUGAAGACCAGGUAGCAGAGAUUCUUAAGCAGAGGAAAAACAGUAUACCAGGGGGACCUUUGCCUCCAUACCACCCCCAUGCUCCUCCACCCAUCAAUGCAGAACUGAAACGUCCUGGGAUUUUAAACUGCAUUCCCCCUUCCAGCUACCCUCCACCACCUUCUGAGAGCUUUGAGCCAAUCACGGACUCUGGAAUAGAAAUGGAUAGCCGAAGUAGCGGAGACCCCCACCUAGAAACCACCAGCACCAUCUCUACCGUGUCCAGCAUCUCAACACUGUCUUCAGAAGGCAGUGAGGCUUUGGACACCUGCACAGUCUAUGCAGACGGGCAGGUCUUCCUGGUGGACCGACCCCCUGUGCCGCCCAAGCCAAAAAUGAAGCCCAUCAUCAACAAGAGCAAUGCACUUUACAGGGACCCCUUGAUUGAGGAAAGUCCCGAAUCCUUCAAUCAACCCCCACCUGCACCUCCUCCACUACAAUCAGAGCCCCCCAAAACACCCACACAGCGAGCUUCUAAGCUUUGGAGGGAACCUCCUGAGCUCCGCAGCCCCCCCUCAUCUAAUCCGGAUCCUAAGGCAAAUGUUAUUAGUGAGCUGAGCUCCAUCCUGCAGCACAUGAAUAGGGAAAAAUCCCCAAAGCAGGGUGAUUCCCUUGAUUCUCCAACAGGACCCAGGAGCUUUACAAACAGGGAUUCUGCCAUUCCCUCUGUCUCAGGUACCCAGCGCUCCACUGCUCUAACGUUCACCACUCCAUCCACUCCUCCCUCCAUCCUUCCUUCUGUCACCUCCCCUCCUUCAUCAAGUCCCACACCCUCCACACCAGGCCCUGCUUCUUCUCCGGUACCGACCCCACCUCUUUGCCCAUUUGGAAGCCGCUCAGCGUCUCCUCUCUCACUCUUGCAUUCGUCCUCCUCAUCCUCGUCUUCAUCCAACUCCAAGCCGUUCUCCAGCAAGCCUGUCCUGCUGUGGUCCAAGCACGACGUCGCUGACUGGCUGGAGAGCCUCAACAUGGCCGAACACAGAGACGCCUUCAUGGAGAACGAGAUCGAGGGAUCUCACCUGCCAAACCUGCAAAAAGACGACCUCAUCGAUUUAGGAGUGACACGCGUUGGCCAUCGCAUGAACAUCGAGAGGGCUCUUAAGCUGCUGAUGGACAGAUAAAGCAAAGACGAGUGCACUUUUUCUUCCCUUGCCUUCUGUCUCUCCCUACACAAAUGCUGAGCAGGAAGGACUAUCAGUAAGGACACUCUCGCUUUUCACACGUCCUUCCCAAGCGUGUGAACGAGUGUGUGAGUUUAAAAAAAAAAACAAAAAACUUCUGAUUCAUUUGGGACCACUCAGACUUUUUCAGAUCGCCAGCUGAGCUGGAGGCUUUUUUCUAUCUUUGCUAGAAAAAAAAUAUUUCAUCACUAUAAAAAUGUCCGGCGGUUAACUUUAUGGAUGCAGCAAACACACACUGGAACAAAAAGACGUGUCAGAUUGUCAGGUUGUGUUCUUUCUUUUUCCUUUCUUCACUUCUGUGUGUGUAUGUGUGAAUGAGACCCAAGCCAAAAAUGGAAGGACAGUCUGUCUACAGACUGCAGAGCCGUGGUUGUUAGCGCUAAAGAAUAUAAACAUAUGACAUAAAUAGAAAUAUAACUCAGAAAUUCUGUCAUAAGUUCUUUCAGAAUUUCUAGCUUCCUAGUGUUAGGAAUGCAGAUGUGAUCAUUUAUUUAUUUACAAAUAUUACUUCAAAAUUUGGUUAAAAUCCUGUCAGGUUAGUUAGCUGGCUAACAAGAAACAUGUGCAUAUACGAAAGCCAAUGACCUUCUUCUUCCUGUUUCAAGACUUCCAUGACACACCUUCUUUUUUCAUACACAAGCUCAACAACACUGGUGGUCUGUGAUCUGCAGACAACCUUGAGAAACCGUCUCAGCUGGGCAUGAGCCGAUAUUCGAGUUUUCAGUAUCGCGAUAAUCAGGACAAACAUUUCAUUAUGGUUUAUAAUCAUACCACUAUAUUGUUUUUAAUGUUACACUGCUAAAUUGUUAUUCCCCAGUCCUGCCAGCUAUGGCUGGUGAACAGAAUUAUGCGAUUAUAUUCUUCAACACAGUGCUCUUAGAAGACAUCUAUCCUCAUGCUGCUUUCUGAAAGGGACAUUAAGUACUUCAUCGCCAAACAUGCUGAGUAUCUCCUGAAUGGAGCACAGGAGUCAUGAUGAUAUGUGCUGAAUAUCGUGAUAACUGACAUCGGCACAUGCCUAGUCACAGCUUACACACACACACACACACACACACACACACACGCACACACUUACAGACCUGUCAUAUCAGGACAGGAUAACCAGUGUAGCAGCCCCUCCUCUGUGUAUGGGUGUGGGUAUGUAUGUAUGUGUGUGUGUGUGUGUGUGUGUGUGUGCGCGCGUGCGUGUGUGUAUGUGUGUGUGUGUGUGUGUUUGUCCCUUUUUUCCUUCUCGUCUUCCUUGUGACUGAAGGGUGGAUUUAUCCAUUUAUCAGCUCAGAAUAACUCAAAAUCAAGUGUGCCACUACUCUUUUUUUCCAAACAGACUCUCUCAUUUAUAAUCAUGCUAUCGCAAUAGAUUUCUAGAAUUGUAGCCGUCUGCAUUAUUUAUUUCCAUGUAUGAGGUACGAGAUGAUCCCCCUACUACUGUCUUUGUCCAUGUCUCUCACUUUUCUUCCUCCUUCCUUUCUCUUUCUCUAUCAGUUUCCCACCCCUAUUUUUGCCUUCUCUCCUUCUCUCCCUUUCUUUCUCUUCAUAAUUUCUUUUCAUCUCUUUUCUUUCUCUCAGUUUUCCUCUCAUGUCUCUCACUCCACAUCUCUGAUUUUCUGCAUUCUUUCGUUCAUUCAUUCAUUGUUACAUGCUUAGGAAAAUGGCUCUUCAAGGGGUUCUCUUGAAGCAACCCUUUCUGAUAGCAAAUACUCAAGCUGUUGUGGGUUUUUGUGUGUAAAACCUUUAAAAGUUCCCCCAAAAGGACAACCAAAGAACCUGAACAUCUGAACAUUUAAAGAGUGUGAUGCUGGUCAAACAUAAAACAUCAAAUUAAAGCACUUAGAAUACUUAAAAUUCAGUUGUAACAAAAACAACGCACACUGUGCCGAUCCACAAAAUGAAGUUAUAUCAUUAAAUUAUCCUAUUUUAUUAUAACAAAUAUGCCCUCAUGUCUUAAGAUGUCUUAACUGAUAUUUCAUCCAUUAAGCAGUGACUUCUCUUCUGUUCUCUUUCAUAAUCUUUUUACACAUCGUUUUCCAGCUUCCAGCGUUGCAUAAGUGAGAAGACACUCUUUCUUAUUGCUGUAUUUCUCCAUCUUUUCUUUCCCAUUUUUAUUGUCUUUACUUUCUUUCUGUCUUUUCUUAAUCACUCCUUUACUUUUUUCCCCUCAUUUAUGUCUUACUCCAUCUCUCUAGUCUUUUCUUUCUUCCUUCCUUAAUAUAAGCCUAACUUGCCGUAAAAGCAUUGCUCCAGAUUAUCCAUACAGAUUAUAUUUUUAGAACUGUAAAGUGACCUUGCGUAUGAGAAAGGCAGAGUAUAAAUAGAAAGAUUUAUCACUGUCAUUAUUAUAAACAAAUUUAUUGUUAAUCAGGAACAUUAUGGGGGAUUUUUGUGAUUUUAUAUUUUGAACAAUGUGACCAUAGUUACUGUAAAACAAAAUAUUUUAUCCAUUUAUAAAAAUACAUAACUAGUGCAAAAGUUUUAACUCCUACUUAUGAGUAGACGUGCUGAUAUUCAGUCCUCAUAUCACCGAUUAUCACCUAUAGUCUUCUCACAGACAAAGAAUGAGAGGAAUAAGAGAGAGGUUGAGAAAUACAGAAAGUGGAGAGCACAGGGUGAGAGGAAGAAAGACGGGGUGGGAGGAGAAGAAAGGUGGGAAAUACAUGAAGUGGAAGAGAGAGAAGGAGAAACAUGGGGAGAAAGAGCUGGAGAAAGACAUGAAAUGAGAAGAGAAUGGUGGAAAAAUUCACAAUAUACUGGGGGAAAAAAGAUAGGGAGAAAGAAUGAGACAGAAAAAUAGAUACGGGAGGUUAGAUAAACGCGUGUGGCGAAAAAGCAGAAGAGAGAGAAAGAAGGUAUGGAAAGGAGUGUGAGACCGUGACAUAGCCUUUAUUUCUUUAUUAAAAACGUUGCCUACUUAGGCAGAUUUCUCCAGACUCAGAACAAAUGACAGUGAUUAUGAAGUGUUCAUUUUUAUUUCAUUCAGUGUUUUUAGGUUGAUUUUUAUUUUGAUUCUAAACAUUCCUUCACUUUAUUCCAUCCCAGUAAUAUUUUAACAAGUGUGUGUUUGUGUGUGAAUUUUCAGAUGGACCAUGAAUGAAUGAUUUUAGAGAUCUACUAUGGAUUAUUAUUAUUAUUAUUAUUAUUAUUAUUAUUAAUAUUAUUAUUAUUAUUAUUAUUUGUUGGGAGUGGAAAGGAAACUUGCUGCCCAAGUCACGCUGCUUUGUGUCGACCCUUUUUAAAUAGAGAUUAUUUUACAAUAGAGUACGACAGCAAAAACCUAAAGCACAGUAUUUUUAAUGAUUUCUAUAGAAAUGUAUGGAAUUUUAUAAAGUUAUGGGACUGAAAUGGUGCGGUUUGCCAAAUUGUGUUUUAGAAAUAUUUAAAUGAGAUGAAAUAUGUACAUUUAUCUGAUUCCUUAAGAAGCAAUAUUUAUAUUUAUGAAUCUCCUUGGUUGUGAGUUUCACCAAUACAUCCUGAAAUCUGUGACUGUAAGAUCUAAAGAUACAUAUUUUAUGAUUUUGGAGGUAAAAUAGUCUACAUUACUAAAUCAUAACGGUUGAGUUUCUGUAAAAUAUGUGUAUACCUGACAUGCUGUAAAUGUAUACACAGGCCACGUCUACACUCUCUAUAUAAAGCUAUUUAGCAAUGGAAAAUGUGACACAACAUUCACUGAGUGUGAAAAUGUAGAUUAAAGUAGUAGUUGAAUUAAAUGAAACGCUGAACUUCACCGUCAGGCCUCACAUACCCAACAUUCAGCUACUUUUUUUUUUUUUUUUUUUAAAUAGAUAAGCCUUUUAGCCUCACUCUAUUUUUGUGUGUUCAUGUUCUUUACGUUGCUGUAAUUUUGUGCAGAUCCUCUUAUUUAGAAAGUAACAAAAUUAUUAUUAAAAUGUCAAAAAGAUCAAUUCCUGCGACUGCUUUUUUCCCCCUGGCCAAAAUGUUUCAUGUAUGGAUACCAAAACUAACUACAAGAAAUAAAUAUAGCAUUUAUAACCUAAUGUGAGUAUUCACUGAUUAACCCCUUAGAGCCUGAUUUUGGAGGAGGGUAUGCUUUCAGACCAGUGGGUGUUUGAGCCCAUAUAUGAACUCUAAGAUGUCCUUCAGAAUG